UAGAGCAAGAAAACGGGCUGACAGCCCUCACCAGACAACAGCUAACGAGCUAGCAAGCGUUAGCGUGGCAGCUAAAUAUGAGAGAGAGAGACGGUGUGUAGCGUUUGGUCAUAUAAAUAAUACUUCGCAUUUGACGGCUCGACUUUAUCGACAGAUAAUCUGUAUAAUAUACAGUCAGGCGUCUUUAUCGAGUGAUGACGGAGCGUUUCGACAGGGCGCCCGGCGCUGGCAGGACCCGGGCAGCGUCGAGCGGUCCUGGCCCGGGGGACACCGGCCCACAGCCCGAGCUAGGACGCGGGGACGCCCGUGUGUCCGUGUUCAGCCAGCGGGAACCCCUCAGACAGCCUCGGACCUCACCGCCCCUGGCCGAGGACAGUGGAGGUGCUGCAGAGAGGAGAAGAUCCUCUAAUUUCUCCAACCCAACGCACGUUGAGAGCAGCGAGCCAGCCUCAAAACCACAGACUGUAGACCCCCUAGUGCAAAGCUCUCAGCUGUCUGCCAGCGCCCCUGAGUUCAUCCCGGCCUCCUACCCACCAUACCAGGAUGCAGUGUGUGAGGAUGGCUCAGAGGACUACUACGCACAGUUCUCUCUGGCUGAGUGGGUCCAGGAUGUGCUCAGCCACCUAAACUCGUCGCCUGGGUCCUUUGAGUCAGACAUCGAUGACAUCACGUCCACGCUGAAUUACUGUGUGACCACAGUGGAGACGCUACAGGAGCUUGUAGAGCUCGUUUUCAAACAGUCCACGUCCAUGCCCAACUUCACCUACACGGGGGCACGUCUGUGCAACCACCUGUCCCAUCACCUCACGCAGAGUCCAGGAAGAGAAAACUUCAGACAGCUGCUGCUCAAAAGGUGUCAUGUGGAGUUUGAGCAGAGACAGCUCCAGGCUCUGGCAGAAGAUGAGGAGACUCAGAGGAGGUUUCACUCCUAUGUGCUGUUUCUGGGAGAACUCUAUCUCAAACUGGAGGUUAAGACAGGGAAGGGUCCUCCAUCGCGGGCGGACGUCCUGCUUGGUGCUCUGAAGGAUCUGAUUGACACACUCUGCUCUCACCCCACAGACGCCAACCUCAUCUGUGCCAUCAAACUGCUCAAGCUUACAGGCUCUGUUCUGGAGGAUGCAUGGAAGCAGAAGGGUGCGUUACACAUGGAUUACCUGAUCGAGAGGAUGAACGGUAUCCUUCUGGAUGCUAAAGGCAGCAGGAACGUGAGGGAGAUGCUGUUACGACUGGUGAUGGUGAGGUCCAGUAACUGGGGAAGGGUGAACACGGCGGCCGCCUGCAGUGAAGCUACGCCCGACAACGACCCCAACUACUACAUGAAUGAGCCCACCUUCUACACUGCAGACGGAACCCCUUUCACAGCCGCAGAUCCAGAUUACUCAGAGAUGUAUCAGGAGAUUCUGGACCGGGAGGACUUGAGUCCUGAGCUAUAUGAGGAGAACGGAAAUGAAGCGCUGUAUGCUGAUGAGGAAGAGAUGGACCCUGAGAUUCAGGAGGCGUUCGAGGCGUUUUGUCUGGAGUCUGAGAGGAGAACAAAGCCAUAGAAUCGUCUCGCCGAAACGCCACCAGCCCGUCGGCUGCCUGUCCCAGCCUCUGGACCGCUCGCGGUACAGCCUGGAGGAGCUCUCCAGUGGGCUGGGUUUUAUUUUGCAUCUUUAAGCUCAUAAUCAGAUCCUUUUCCAGCUGGGAUUUUCAUUCAUGCUGGAUUUUAGUUUGUUGCGACCAUCAGCAGUGAGUCUUUGUAGCGGAUACUGGACAGUUACUGCUUGGGUUUUGUUUUGUUUUUAUUUUCCUUCCCUUGAUGGCCGAGCACUCCGAAAAAUGGUCUGCAGUGACCUUUUGUUUUUGGUCUGGGAAGCAGAGUAAACGCUUUCAGAGAACAUACAGUAAAAGAGUCUGCAGCAGUAGGCGAGGCACUUGGAGAAGCAGUGGGUGUGCCUCUGGGGUGGAGUACGUCCACGGUGCUCUGCAGUUGUGCUCUUGGCUGCCACGUUGAUGAGGGUUUGAUGCCUAAGGUAGUUACUCGUACAUAACACAAUUAUAAGGGAGGAAAACAUCCGAUUUUCAGAGUAUACAAAAAGAGAAAGGUGUCUUUCAAAUUUCAGUUUUUCUUUGUGCGUGUUCUUCCUUUAUCCGGUUCAUUUUGAACCUUUUAAAGAAUUUUACACAUUUGAUGCACUUCCUGGAGAUGGUCACACAUGGCUCUCCAUCAUGAGUUUGUGGAUCCGGAAGUUAGAAACUCCUGCCUGAGCGCCCUUAGGCUGGUGGGAGGAGAAAGGGGCGGGGCAUGGACGAGUGGGCAGGGUGAGAAACAACCUGAUCAAAUAUGGAUUCACAACCACUGUGAUAUUCAGCACUGUUCAAACCACCAUCGCCAUGUUGGUCUCACAUCCACGAAUGUUUAUUUUAUUACUGUAUUGUAAAUACUUACAGCAAUGUUUGCCUGGAAUAAAUCUUUAUAACAGUA